AUGCUUAAUGCAACUAAGAGGUUAGCUUGUCUGUCAUUUUUCGUGUAUGUCUCACUAGCAUCGCCAGGAGAUAGACUACCGGAAUUUUCGGACUGUGUUAGGGCCUGUGAAGUGGUGCGUCAUUGUACAGAUCGGUUUGAAGAAGAUUCGUUUAAUCCCUUCAUCAAUGAGCAAUUUUCUGAACCAGCAUUAGUGUAUAAGGCUUUACUAUGGGAUUGCACCAGUGAUUGUGAUUAUCAAUGUCAACAGAAAAUAACUUUAGAUAGAGAGGAAAGGAACGAGGACAUCUACCAGUUCCAUGGAAAAUGGCCAUUCAAAAGAGUUCUUGGAAUGCAGGAAUUUUACUCCACAAUUUUUUCCAUUUGCAAUUUCGUUCCUCAUUAUAGAGGGUUCAAAUUAGCUAGAAAGUCUCUUGCGAAACUUCAAAAGACAAGCCAAAGAAGGGUACUAAUCCUGAACUACAUAUUCAUAUCAAUGGCCGGAAUGAUAGCAUGGAUAUGCAGUUCUAUUUUCCACACUAGGGAUUUAAUCAUCACAGAGAAACUGGAUUACGUAUUCGCAGGUGCCACCGUUUUGAGUGGAUUCCAUGGAGUAUUUUAUAGAGUCGCUAGACUCGAUUUACACCCUCGUGUCGGCGCACUUUUUUCCCUUAGUGUGUUUACAAUAUUCGUGGGGCAUCUUUUACGUUUGUACUUGAAUUGGUCGUACGCCUAUAACAUGAGAUUUAAUAUAUUCUUUGGCCUCCUGCAGUACAUUUUAUUGAUAACGUUGGCAAUUUUGAAUUAUCGGACGUUCUCUUCAAUAAGGCCCGAUUUGGUUCAUGAUCUCUCUGUCGUACCGGUCUUGCUUGUUGUAUUCACUGGUGUUGCAAUGUCAAGCGAAUUAUUUGAUUUUUUCAGCUACCGUUGGCAGAUUGAUUCACAUGCCAUAUGGCAUGCACUGACCAUUGUACCCUCGUUCUAUCUCUAUGAAUUCUUUUUGAAGGAUUACCAUGUCCUUGGAUCGAGAACAUCAACAAAUAUCAAAAACGUAUGA